AUGCCUCGGGGUCACAAGAGUAAGCACCGUGCCCGUGAGAAACGCCGAGAGACCCAUGGUCAAUCUCAGGAUCUCACAGGUCCCCAGACCACUGCAGAAAAGCAGGAAGAGCCCCGCUCUUCCCCUUCUUCUUAUCCUGUUUGUCAGGGUGCUCGUCGGAAGACUUCUGAUUCCUCCGUUCCGCAGGAGUCUCAGGGAGCUUCACCCACUGCCUCUCCUGAUGCAGGUGUUUCAUGCUCAAAAUCUGAUGUGGCUGCCAAGGGUCAAGAUGAGAAAAGUGCAAGCACCUCCCCUAAUGCCUCUGUUCCUCAGGGGUCUCAGAGAGCUUCACCCACUGCCUCUCUUGAUGCAGGUGCUUCAUGCUCAAAAUCUGAUGUGGCUGCCAAGGGUCAAGAUGAGAAAAGUGCAAGCACCUCCCCUGAUGCCUCUGUUCCUCAGGAGUCUCAGGGACCUUCACCCACUGAAUCUCCUGAUGCAGGUGUUUCAUGCUCAAAAUCUGAUGUGGCUGCCAAGGGUCAAGAUGAGGAAAAUGCAAUCACGUCCCAGAGAGCUGCCUUCUUUAAGACCACAGAUCGAGAUCCUCUAAACAGGAAGGCGAGCGCGUUGGUGCAAUUCCUACAGGAGAAGUUUGAGAAGAAAGAGAUCAUUUUGAAGGCUGACAUGCUGAAGCGUGUUAGCAAAAAGUACAAGGAGCACUUGCCUGAGAUCCUCAAGAAAACCUCCAACCAUUUGGCAGUGGUUUUUGGCGUUGAAUUGAAAGAAAUGGAUUCCAGCGGCGAAUCCUACACCCUUGUCAGCAAGCUGGGCCUCUCCGGUGAAGGCAUUCUGAGUGGUGUUAAUGGGCUGGCGAAGUCGGGUAUCCUGGUGUCUCUCCUGAGUUUCAUUUUCAUGAGAGGGAACCGUGCCACUGAAAAGGAGGUCUGGGACUUCCUGGGUGUUUUGGGGAUCUAUGACGGAAUCAUGCACUCAGUCUAUGGGGAGCCCCGGAAGAUCAUUAUGGAAGAUUUGGUGCAAGAUAAGUACCUGGAGUACCGGCAGGUGUAUAACAGUGAUCCUCCAUGCUAUGAGUUCCUGUGGGGUCCACGAGCCCAUGCUGAAACCAGUAAGAUGAGAGUCCUGAGAGCUUUGGCAAGUAUCAAUAACACUGCCCCUGGUUCCUACCCACAUCUGUAUGAAGAGGCUUUGAUAGAUGAGGUAGAGAGAGCACUGAGACUGAGAUACUAAAGGCAGGGCUGGCACUGUUCUCUUGGCCAGGGAACCUUAUGGGAGUAUAUCCUAUAGAUCCACUUCUAGGGAAUUCUGAAGUAGAAUUUUUGCUUUAUGCUGGAAGAGAGUAGUGAGCUUUCUAAGUAGUACAGUAUAGUAGAGGCUGGAGGGAAAAAG